AUGGCCUUCCUUGGAGCUAAAACCAAUGGAAUUUCACUUAACCAAGUUGAGAUCCCUAUCCAUGCAAUUGUUGUUGAGCAAAACCCAAGCCAAGGGGUUGAAGAGAGAAGCAACUUUGACUACUCUCAAAGGGCUCAAUGGCUUAGAGCAGCAGUGUUAGGAGCCAAUGAUGGGUUAGUCUCCGUUGCCUCAUUGAUGAUGGGUGUUGGAGCAGUUAAGGAAGACAUCACUGCCAUGGUUCUUGCUGGCUUUGCAGGGUUAGUAGCAGGGGCUUGUAGCAUGGCAAUUGGAGAGUUUGUCUCUGUUUACACUCAGUAUGACAUAGAGAUGGCUCAGAUUAAAAGAGAUAGGGUAGCAAAUAUUAAUAAUAGUAAUAAUAAUGAUGAUGAAGAAGCUCAAAGAGAGAAGCUUCCAAAUCCAUUUCAGGCUGCACUAGCAUCAGCAUUAGCAUUUUCAGUGGGUGCUGUGGUGCCACUACUAGCAGCUGUGUUUAUAAGGAGUCACAAGAUUAGGCUUGGUGUUGUUGCUGCUGCUGUUAGCUUGGCAUUGUUGGUAUUUGGAGGGGUUGGUGCAGUGCUUGGAAAAACUCCAGUGAGAUGGUCUUGUCUCAGAGUGUUAAUUGGAGGUUGGAUGGCUAUGGCCAUAACAUUUGGCUUGACCAAAUUGAUUGGCACCACUGGACUUUGA